UUCAUGCGAGUGGGAGUGUUCGUGUAGCCCGAUCCGAUAACCUUAUUUUCCUAUUAGAUUCUCUAAUUUUUGUUUGUUUUGGGUGAAAAAAGGUCGCGAAAAAACAUCACAAAUGAAACAUUAAUCGUUAUUGAUUACUAAAAAUGGUUUCUGAGCGAUUUGUUCUUUUCAUUAUUCGGUGUGAAAUCUAAAAACUUUACGGCGUUUAGAAAGUGCUUGGUGAAGUCUGCACAGCUGACUGAACUAUUUUUGUUUUUAAUUUUUUUUUUUGAACAAUUGUGUCAAUAUUUUGGUUUUGUGUGACUUGAUAAUUUUGAGAUAUGAUAUAUCAGCUGCAGCCUAAAUGAAUAUACUUAACUAAUAUAUUUAGGCUGUCCGGUAGGAUAUAAGUCGGAAAAAAUGAACUCUCGGCCACACAUAGCCGGUUCAUUUUUGAACAACUCAUUAGCGAUCCGUCAGGAAAUUCAGAGGUUCGAAAGCGUCCAUCCGUCUAUAUAUGCAAUCUAUGAUCUGCUUGAUUUACUCUCAGAUGGAGCUGUAGCCGAACAGAUUAGGGACCAUGUUGUAUGUAUUGAAGAUUCUUUCGUGAACUCGCAAGAAUGGACCUUGUCAAGAGCAGUUCCAGAUCUUCGGCUUGGCAUAGUGGGAUCAUUAAGUUCGGGAAAAUCCGCUUUGGUCCACAGAUACCUUACGGGGUCCUAUAUGCAAGAGGAGAGUCCUGAAGGUGGUAGAUUUAAGAAGGAGAUACUGGUUGAAAAUCAGAGCUAUCUGCUUCUUAUUAGAGACGAAGGAGGUCCUCCGGAAUUACAGUUUACGGCAUGGGUGGACGCAGUUAUCUUUGUGUUCAGCCUCGAGAACGAAUCUUCAUUCAACGCAAUUUACAACUACUAUACGAAAAUGUCACACUACAGGAACGCUGCUGAAGUCCCACUGAUACUUGUUGGAACUCAAGAUGCUAUAAGCGAGAACAAUCCCCGAGUAAUCGACGACUCAAGGGCCAGAAAAUUAGCCAAUGAUUUGAAGAGGUGCUCGUAUUAUGAAACGUGUGCCACCUACGGUCUAAAUGUAGAAAGAGUCUUUCAAGAUGCUUGUCAAAAAAUAGUACAACAACGUCUUGCUCAAUCGACCAUUUGUCUAACUCCCACCAAUUCGAGACCGUCCACCCCUAACAGUCAUUAUCAUCCUGCUGCAGUUCAGCGACAUCUUCACGUCAACAACGGGUUUGUGCAAAUGGAAAGGCAAAGUUCGGUGCAUAUGUCCCCUGGACACCAUACUUUGCCACAUAAUAAGGACUCUCAGAUGAUGCAAGAGUUGCGGCAACACAUAGUUCCCAAACCAAUGCAUCAAAGUUCUCAAUCUGACAAAGAUAGUAAUAGUUAUAAGUCUGGUGAAGAAGACAAAUUGAGAUGGAACUCCUCGAGCUCUACAUUGGCUAGUAUCAAUUCAACGCAGGCUGUGAUUACCACGGAGAACAACAACGUCGCAAAAUUCGCCGCUCCCCAUUCGCUCGACAAUCUUCAGGCUGCUCAGGCGCAAAACAAUUCAAAGGAAUUACCAACUCCCAACUCUACACCCACGACAUCCAGGAAGAAUAGGCGAAGGUCUAAUUUGUUUACGCCCUCUAAGAAUGACAAACUUAAAACUGGUGGAGAUUUUGGUAGUGGUAGAGCGAUACCUUUGAAACAAGGCUAUUUGUACAAAAAAUCCAGUAAACCCUUAAACAAGGACUGGAAAAAGAAAUACGUAACUCUCUGUGAUGAUGGAAGGCUGACUUACCAUCCUAGUUUACAUGACUAUAUGGACGACGUUCAUGGAAAAGAAAUCUCGUUGCAAUAUGUUACUGUUAAGGUUCCGGGCCAGAAACCGAGAGGAUCCAAGUCCAUAGUGACUGUAGCAGGUCAAGGAUAUGGCGGAAAUGGAUCUGCACUACACGAGAAUCUCGGUGGGCUGUCGCUAUUAGGUAGAGACAAGCGACCUACAGAAAAGGUUUUAAUGUCUGCAUUUGAGACUGUUAAAGACCCUAGCUCAAAAUAUGCUCAGCAAAGUGGAGAUGAAGGUAUGACUUUAUCAAGUAGCAACUCAUUCUUAAACGGAGAAAUUAGUAAAACCGAGACGCCGCAUGUGAAAAAACGCCAUAGAAGAGUAAAAAGUAGUGGCGUCAAAAAUUCGGAAUAUGAUGAUGCUGAAGGGUACGAAUUCUACAUAGUUUCCCUGGAGGGGAAACAGUGGAAUUUCGAUGCCAGUUCAGUGGAGGAGCGGGACUGUUGGGUGGCCGCGAUUGAGCAGCAAAUCCUAAACUCGCUUCAGCUGAACGAAACGUCCAAAGCAAAAAGUAAUCCGAGCGAAGCUGCAUCAAUUCAAGCAAUCAAAAGCAGGGUGCCUGGCAACGGGUAUUGCGUCGAUUGUGACGCACCUAAUCCUGAUUGGGCUAGCCUAAACUUGGGUGUUUUAAUGUGCAUAGAAUGCUCAGGGAUUCACCGAAAUUUGGGUUCUCACAUUUCUAGGGUUAGGUCGCUGGACUUGGACGAAUGGCCUCCCGGAAAUCAAAGCGUCAUGCUGAACAUUGGAAAUUCAUUAGCAAAUUCCGUAUGGGAGUGUCAAACUUACAACCGCAGCAAACCAACUCCUGCAUCUAGUCGAGAAGAAAAGGAAAGGUGGAUACGAUCAAAAUACGAGCAUAAGGAAUUCCUACCUCCUCCUAACAAUACAAUGCCGCUUGGACAGCAGCUUAUCGAUUCAGUUUGCAGUUCCAACAUUAAAUCAAUCAUCCAUGUGUUGGCUCUGACGAAUACCCAGCAAGUAAACACCACGGUAGGUCCAAGAGAUUUAAGGACGCCGCUACACCUGGCUUGCGCAAUGGGCAAUUUGGCAGUAGCUCAAUUACUUAUUUGGCAUCGUGCAGAUGUAAAAGCUGUGGAUCAAGAUGGUAGAACUUGUUUAGCUUAUGCCAAAGCAGCAGCUAGUAUAGCGGCGGCUAAAUGCCAGGCUUCAAAAGGCAGUAGCUCAGAUAUGAAUGCAGCUAAUAGCAAAAAUCUAGUAGAACUUUUGCUUAGUUAUGGAUGCCCUGAGAUGGCAACAGUGGCAAUAAGUGGCACCAUUCCUCGAAGAAGGGGCAGUCAAUCACAGCAACAAUAUGAAAAACUACCUUCGAGUGUUAUUUAACAAUUGGAGCAAUUUCAUUUUGACUCAUUUUAGUUGCGCUUAUAAAACUUAAAACAGCCUUGGCUUGAACUGCGACGAGAUUUAAACUUUUUGAUAAAUAAGAAUGUCUUUGUGGUUAACGAUAAGAGCGUUUUUGACUGAUUUAAGUAUAAACAGAGUGUGUAAGUAAGUGUGAUUUAAGGCCAAGCUAAUUUUUUUGUGACAAGUCAAAAAUCUUCUUUUAGUUUAAUAACUAAUCCCGAAUAUUUUUGACAAACUUUAGUUUUAAUCGCUGAACAAUUUAUUUGGUUAGGCAAGUUAUUGUUUUUGUAAUAACUGUAAUAUGAUUAAUUUAUUUUAAAAAUUAUUGUACAUAAAAAUUCUAAUGUUCCGUCCUUAAUUUUAGUAUGUUUUUAUCUACUUUUGAGAGACGAAGCAAAAAAAUCUGCAAUGGUCUUGGUUAAUUCGUAUUUUAAGCUAAAACGUAUUUAAAGAAUAUGCGCAUCAACAUGUAAAUUUUGAUGCAUAAACAAAUCCUUAGUACUGAAACUGUUUGAACGCAUUUAUACAAUCAUUUUUGAGCUAAUACUCACAAGUACUAAUAAUAAUUAUUACUAUUAUAUUUAUGAUAACGAUUAAUUUUUAUAUGGCACUUUUGUACUUAAAGGGAACGGUUUUUUCCACACAAAAUAUGACUAACAAAGAUUGGACUUUUUUAUAUCUUUUUUGAAUAAAUCUUGGAAAAAUAUCGUUUCCUCACAAGUUUCUCAGAACACUAGUAAAUAAUUUGGCAAGUGACAGUUUUUGGUUAAUCUUGGCUAAUUUUUUAAUUCGAUUGGGGCUUGAAAUCACAGCUUUUGAAUAUAAAUUUAUAAUAGAACCGAAUAUCAAUCAAUAUAUACUCAUGGAUGGAAAAGCGUAUAAUAAUAUUUUAUAUAAUUCUAUUACUAAACUAAUAAUAAGGUAAAAGUAUAAGGCAACCGAUUUAUAGUUCUAGUUUAGUAAUUUACGACCUCAACGGUUUUCUAUCCAUGAUGGUUUUUUUCUUAACAUUUUUAAAUCUUUUACGGUCAGUUUUUAUUUGGAAAUGAAAACAAACUAUUUGCUAGUGAGUUCUCUUUAAAAAUGUUUGCACUUUCAAUCACAAACCUUAGCAGACAGGAUUUAAUAGUUAUUGGUAUUGUUAACCAUCAGUGGAUAAUGUUAGCCUCAACAAGAUAUCACAAUGUUUUAGAAGCGUGGUUAGAACUAAUAUUUUAUAACAAGUUUAUCUUUUUUGAGCCAUAUUGUUGUAACGGAAAACGGCAUUUUUUAAUUAAUUAUUAAAUUUUCAUAUAACUACUGUAGCGUUUAUAGUUAGAACCUUAACCGAAUUUUUAUUUACUUCAUUGUUUAGAUUUGUGCAAUUAUUUCAUACUUAAUCUUUAAAAUUUUUUCCUUUUUACAAAAUAAUAGCUUUAACAAAUUAUUCUUUGCAAUAAUUGUUAUAUGUAUUUUGAUGUCUCCAAGAUAAUUAAUGCAAUAUAUAUAUUUCUUUUCGGCACACAUAUUUUAAGAUAAAAAUAAAGUCAUCAAAAUUUAUUUAUUGACUUAAACUAAAAGAUUUUGGUAUAAUUAAUUUUAAAAGGAGAAAAUGUUCCGUUUCUUCAAACAAAAUAUAAAAUAUUAAAUUACUAGAUACUAUUUUUGAUCGUUAUCUUAUAAAUGAUUUAAAGUUUU